AUGGCUAAAAGGACUAAAAAGCCAAAGUCAAAGCAGCCCACAGCCCGUGUUGGACGCCCUCGGAUCCGUGCCGUCAAGGAUAAGGCUCGAGAGGUUGGGGCUACAACUUCUACAUCCAGUACAUCAACUACAAAACCUUCCCAGAAGCGCCGAUUGGCUAUGAAAAAAGCUGAAACUGCAGAGAAGAAACUCCAGCGAAAAGACGAGGAGUCAGAGGAGAUCACAGCUAAACGAAGACGACUCGAUGCAAUAAGAAAAAGGAAGGCGCGUGUGGAAGAGACGGAGGAAGAACAUAAGAAAAGGACAUCUUCCAAUAAAGAAAGAACAUCAAGAGCCCGUUCAGAAGAAACAGAAGAUCAAUACCGUCGCCGGAAAUCUUCAAAUAGAGUGAGUACAUUAAGAGCCCGUUCCGAAGAAACGGAGGGAGAACGUAUUCGUAGAAUGCUAGCCGACGCUGAAAGAACUUUCAAAGCCCGUUCAGAAGAAACAGAAACCGAUACUUUGAGAAGACGUGCUCAGAAUAAAGAACAUAUGGCUGUGACACGUUCUACGGAGUCUCCUAAAUCUUCAGAAUCUAGGAAAGAGGCAGACCGGAAACGACAUCAUUCUCAUGUCACUGAAGAUUGUGGAAUAGCCAGAAAAGACGUGAAAGUCGAGGAGAAUUAUCUUGGGAAAAUGUCGAUACAAUGCUCAAGCUGUGGUGCUUUACACUAUAAAGGGGAACAGCCCCAGAGCAAAAAGUUCAAUACAUGCUGUCGACAUGGAUUGAUCCAACUUCCUAUGUUUGAUAAUUUUCCGAAAGAACUCCACGAGCUCUUCACAUCUUCUACUUCGGAGUCUGCUGAAUUUUUGAAAAACAUCAGGACUUACAACAACUCCUUGGCAAUGGGUUCCAUGGUCGCACACGUGGAUACUCCAAAAGGAGGUGGUCCAUACACUUAUCGACUGCACGGGCAAGUGUUCCACGUCACUGGAGCUCUACAUCCGGAACCUGGGCAAGAGCAUCUCUGUGCCCAAGUCUUCAUCCUUGACACCGAGGAAGCAGCCGCGGAGCUCGCGAAUAGAAAAACCAAAGUAUCGUGCUCCAAAGAUCUAUACAAGAAAUUGGACGAUCUACUUCACAUGUACAAUCCAUUUGUGAAGUCAUAUAAAAUGAUGCGAGAGAAAGAGGAAGAAGAGGAAUUAUUGGCAACAGCCGAAAACCGAGAUGUUAGAGAAGUGAAGAUGGUUUUUCGAUCGAACACAAAUUUGAACCCCAACAGAUACCAACUUCCAACAGCUGAAGAAAUCGCUGUGGUGUUUGUUGGCGACGAAAACGAAAAUCCUGGAAAAAGAGCCAUCACAGUCUAUCAAAGAUCCACAGGAACUUUUCAAUAUCUUUUGGAUACUGAUAAAGAGACAGAUCCAUUGUGCUAUCCUCUUCUCUUUGUGGAUGGAAAAUAUGGAUGGCACGUCAACCAGAAAAGACAAGAUGGACAUGGAGGAACGACCAAGAUGAGUGCUCGGGAGUUCUAUUCCUACUACCUUCACAUCCGUUCGACCUUCUCUCCACUUCAUCACGCAAAAAAGCUUUUCCAACAAUUUCGCGUAGAUGUCUGGACAAAAAUCGAACAGGAUCGUCUCAAUUUCAUCCGGCAACAUCAGGAUAGACUCCGAGUGGAGUCAGUACAAGGACUGAUGGAUCACAUCAAUGCAGAAGAUGAUGGUCCAUGCGGAAAAAGAUCUUUUUGCCAAAUACUUUCACCGGUUCCCCAAGUCUCUUUGGCAUAUCUUCGACUUCCGAAUGUCCGACAGAAGACCCCAGUUAUGCAGCUCAAAGUGCAUCUGAAGAAUGCCCAAGGAGUCGUUUAUAAAGAAGGAGAAGAAAAAGAUGCAGCAGAGAGAGGACAGCUCCGAGAAACAACACUAACAGCGUGGUUUGCUGCAAACAAAAGAUGUUAUGAUGAGCUUGAAUCGGCUGGAAUGAUUCCAGAAGACGUUGUGGACUGCCGAGGUAUCUAUAAUGUUGAGAUGCCAGAACAUUUCCAAUUCACCAAAGGAAAAUGGACUCUUAGAAAAAAUGCUACACGAUCGAUCGGAAGAAUGCAUUUCGUGUCUCCGAGAGAUCAGGAAAGAUUCGCAUUGAGAGUCAUGCUCCUAAACGUCACUGAUGCCAAAUAUUAUGAAGAUUUGCAAACCGUUGGAGGUGUCUUUUAUGAGAAAUUUGUGGAUGCUGCUAAAGCUGCCGGAUACUUGACUGAGGACAUUUUCUAUGAAAAGUCGUUGGAAGAAGCAGCGUCAUUUCAUUCUGCACCACAACUGAGAGGAUUCUUCGUCACUCUGCUGAUGUUUGGGGAAAUUCAUAAUGCUGAAGAGUUAUGGUUCAGAUUUGUGGAUGACUUCUCAGAAGACUUUUUAUACAAGCACUUCCCAAAAGAAAAAGCCGAAGCUCUCGCUUAUAAUGAUCUUAUUGAUAGAAUGAAUGCUAUGGGAGAAAAGCUGGAUAAAUGGAUGAGCCUUGGAUACGAGAGAAUCAUUCCAGACGACGUCAUUGAUUUUGAUUACUGCUCAAAAGAAGGAGAUAGGAUGAGAUCAACGUUGGUAGCAGAACAAGAAGAAGUUAUGAAGGCAGUUUUGGAUGCCGUGAAAAGUGGAGGAGGUCUUAUUUACGUGGAUGGACCAGGAGGAAGCGGCAAAACAUAUGUAUACCUUACUCUCAUCAACAUCCUCCAAGGUAUGCAUCUGAAAGUCAUCCCAAUUGCGUGGAUUGGGAUCGCUGCAUCUCUAUUGCCUCAUGGAAGAACGGUGGCUUCCUUCUUCCAUCUUAACAUCAAGGAUGGAUGUAAGACCUCAACCAUCCAUCUUCAAUCCGCCGAAGCCAAAUACCUCGCCGAACUUGAUGUCGUAUUUUGGGAUGAGGCUCCUAUGAGCCCCAAAUCGUCACUUGAAACAGUGGAUCAGCUUUUCCGUGACGUCACCAAAAUCGAUAAACCAUUUGUUGGAAAAGUGAUCAUCCUUGGAGGCGACUUCCGACAGUGCCUUCCAGUUGUGGACAGAAAAGGAAGAGAUGAGCAAAUUUCAAAUUCCAUCAAAAGAUCUCAUCUUUGGCCACUUUUCCAAGUCUACCAUUUGAAGACCAACAUGCGUGCCCAAAAUGCUGAUGAAGAAUGGAAAAGUUUCCUUCUUGGGGUUGGCGAUGGUCUGAAAGGAGAAGAGGGGACUGGAGUCAUGGAAGUUCCAGAAGAUCUCAGAUGCGAUGGAGAUUUGGCCGAGGAAAUCUUUGGAUCUUUACUUCGAAACGGGUCUAAUGUUUCUGAAAUCUCCAAAGUGGCCAUUCUCUCUCCAACCAACCAACAAGCACUUCAAAUGAAUCAAAAAGUGAUGGAAAUGGUUCCAGGAGAGAUGAAGACGUAUUUCAGUGUUGAUGAGGUCGGAGACAACCAAAAUAGUCACUCUGAUGCUGCCAACUUUCCAACAGAAUUUUUGAAUAAAAUGACUCCAUCAGGAUUACCACCACAUAAAUUGGAGCUGAAAGUUGGUGCAUUGGUCAUGCUCCUCCGAAACCUUGAAGUUCGAAACGGACUGUGCAAUGGUACACGAUUGGUUGUUCGAGAAAUGGGAAAGCGGGUUCUCAGAUGCGCUUUUAUUUCGGGACCAAAUGAAGGUGGAGACGUUUUGAUUCCAAGAAUCAAACUAUCAUUCGAUUCCGGGAUUCCAUUCGUACUCCAAAGACGUCAGUUCCCAGUAAGACCUGCCUUUGCUAUGACCGUCAAUAAGGCUCAAGGCCAAACAUUCGAUCGUAUCGGACUGCUUCUGGACGCUCCGAAUUUUGCUCAUGGACAGCUAUAUGUUGCAUUGACAAGAACAAGAACUAAGGAUGGAAUCAGAGUUUGGGCUCCAGAAAAAGUCAUGCAUAACAUUGUUUACAAAAACAUCCUGUAG